AUGGUUUUGGCGAAUGCUAAACAAACUAGUUGCAGUUACAUUGAUAUGCUUGCAACCGAUUUAAUAUUAACCUAUGAUCAAUUAAUACAAUAUGCACUAGCAGAUAUUGAGAUGAUGUUACGUAGUUGUGGGAAGAGUUUAAAAGAUUAUCCUCCAAUGCCUAAAGUAGACACAUCAUUAGUUCCUCAUAUACAAAAUAGUUUAAUACACGACGAAUUGAAUUAUAACAGACAAUCAUUAGCUGAGGAACAUGUUAGAUUGAUGUCAACUAUGACUUUAGAGCAACGUAAAGUAUAUGACACAAUCAUGACGAGAGUUAACGAAAACAAACCUGAUGUGUUUUUUCUUUAUGGUUAUGGCGGUACAGGGAAGACAUUUAUUUGGAGGGUCAUGUCAGCCGCAUUACGCUCAAAAGGUGAGAUAGUUUUAACAGUGGUCUCAAGUGGGAUCGCUGCAUUGCUUAUACCUGGCGGUAGAACAACACAUUUAAGGUUUUGUAUUCCUCUAAAUGUUGACGAGUUUUCAACAUGUACCAUAGUUCCUAAAAGCCCUUUGGCGCUAUUAAUACAAAAAGCAAAGCUCAUUAUAUGG